AUGUCGACCACUAACAACAUCGCCCAGGCACGGAAGCUGGUGGAGCAGCUGCGGAUCGAGGCCGGGAUCGAGAGGAUAAAGGUGCGCCAGGAAAGAGGAGGGCCACCCCCCCACAAGCACACCCCACAGGGCCCUCAAAGCUCUCCCGGGGGCAGGGGCAAAGAGCCCCCCCCCCCGCAUGUUCUCUGGCCAAUCACUCUGGCCAUGGGGGGCUGAGUGUAUCUGCCCACCCCUCUUGUCCGGGGUCUCGGGGAGCCUCUCUUGGGGUCUGGCUCCCAGAAGAGACCUUGGGACAGAAAUAAAACUGUGGCUCCCAAGCCCCAUUGCUGCACCUUCCAAGGUCUCCAAAGGAAGACGAGGAGGACAGGAAGAGGGGGGGCGGGGGGCAUGGAGGGACCCCUGCUAAGCGUGGAGCUGAAACACAGCUCCCGUCUUGUCCUUCAGUGUUUCCAUCCUUGUCUCAUGGUUCUCCUGAGAUUAGUCCAGACGCGGUUCCUGCCUUAAAUAAAUGGGGGGCAUGGGCGUGGCCAGGAUUUAUGUUCCAGGGGCACGGGACACCCCAUCCCCAUCCCCAUCCUGUGCUCCAUCUAGCAGAUUCGGAACGAAAUGUCUCAACAGCAGUUGCUUCAAAUUACUUCCUUUUUACCACAAGUGCUCAGAAAAAACUGUCAAAAUAUUUCCACAAUAUCGACUUUUAGUUAAGUAUUUUUCUUUAUUUCCUUGUCUGGGCGGGCACCUGCCCCCCCCCCCCCCAGCUAUGCCCAUGAUGGUGAGGUGCUUCGUAUUUCGGUAAUCUGAAGCAGCCUUCCCCCCCACCCCAUCGCCAGCCCCUUUCCUACUAGCCGGGGGGCAGCAACGCUUUUCCGUGGCCGGCAGGCAGGCAGUCUCUCUUGUGCUAGAGUCCCACUUGCGGACUUCCCCUGGCACAUCUGCACAGGCUGAGAGGGGGACCUGAUCCUGCUGCUGCUGCUCUCAUUCCUCUCUCUCCUUCUUCCCCACUCAGGUCUCCAAAGCCUCCUCGGAGCUCAUGAAUUACUGCGAGCAGCAGGCCAGGAACGACCCUCUGCUGGUGGGCGUCCCAGCCUCUGAGAACCCCUUCAAGGAUAAGAAGCCCUGCACCAUCCUAUAG